AUGGGAACACAUGGUGGCCUUGGUGCAUCUAUAAUACUUGGAAGCCUGGACCCCAAUAAAUAUUUGGGAAAGCUGAUUUCGUUUUUAGACCCAGUUCUUCCCACUGCAUCCCGUACUGACUUUGUUAGGUGUUGGCAUGCUAAGACUGACGGCUGGGCGGCAUCGACAUUCCACAGCAACUGCGAUGGGAGGGGACCCACAGUGACAAUCGUCAAAGUGAACGAGUACAUAUUUGGUGGAUAUACUGAUGUGUCCUGGAGCGGAGCUGGUUCUUGCGCAGGUUAUUCCUACGCUAGUGAAGCUUUCAUCUACUCUCUCUAUAACGUCAAAGGAUACAAUCCCGUAAAGUUGACGCAAUACCAAAAUCAGCAAUAUGCAAUGUACAGAUGUAAUACGUAUGGACCUACCUUUGGCGCUGGGUAUGGUCAUGAUAUCUACAUAUCCGACGGCUCUGGAAACAACCAAAACUCCUACACCAGAUGCGGUUCCACGUACACGACACCCUCAGGGUACUCAACUGGUGACUGUGGUUUUUUUACAGGGGGGUCUCAUUUCUCUCCAACGGACGUCGAAGUAUUCUAUGAAGCAGGCCUCGGUUUGUCCGCCAUACUUCGAAGUCUUGAUUACAACCAGUACUUGAAGGUGCUGUUUUCGUAUUUGGACCCAGUCCUUAUCAAUAAAGAACGUAGUAGGUUUGUGAGGUGUUGGCACGCAGGGACUGACGGUUGGGCAGCAUCGACAUUCCACAGUAACUGCGAUGGGAGAGGACCCACAGUGACUAUCAUUAAAGUUAACAGUUAUAUCUUUGGUGGAUACACUGACGUGUCCUGGACCAGUAGUCCCUGUGCUUAUUCUUCAGCCAGCAAAGCUUUCGUUUUCUCUCUUUACAACGUCAAAGGAUACAAUCCUGUGAAGCUGACACAAUACCGAUACCAGCAAAACGCAAUGUACAGAUGUUCCUCUUACGGACCCACUUUUGGUUGGGGACAUGACAUGUACAUAGGUGACGACGCUGUAAACAUUCGGCACGCUUAUACUAAAUGCGGUGGCACGUACUCCAACCCCACGGGCUAUUCAGCUGGAGAUUGUAAAUUUUUCACAGGAGCAUCGAAUUUCACUCCAUCUGACAUCGAAGUUUUCUUCGAAAUAACAAACUAAACACUAAAAACUAUGCUGUCUAAGUAAGUAUCAAGUAAGUAUCGUAACAAUAGAGUUAGUGCCUCCUCACACAAGGCCCGGUCAACAGAACUUGCCCUGUAUUCUCUCAGUGCUUAGUCGCUUAUUUCCCAUUUAAAAAAGUGUUCUGAUUGGUGGAAAAUCUUAAGUUAAUCGUACCGAUAAACACAUAAUUUUAGUUAAAAAAGACUGCACUUUCUAUUCGUUUACUAGCAUAAUAAACUACGCAGUAUGUUGGUAGAACACUCAAAAUGUUCGUAGAUUAUGAGCAGUGAAAGGGUGAGUUACAAACGUUCUCGUGUUCUCCCAACAUCCUGUGUGGUUUGUUAAGCCAGUGAACCGAUAGAAAAAGCAGUCUAUUAUAAAAAGACAGCGCAUUUUAGACUGGCAAGGUUGAGGGCGCCUCCAUUGAGUAAACUCUGCAAUUGGAAUAUCAUGCUGUAGGUGAGAAAUUCUUCAGUAUUGGCUGUAGAGCAUUCGAAAUAACAGAUCUUACAGUUAGAAAACACCCACGUUUUAAGCCCUUUCCCCAUUGAAGAUGAGGAAUUUGAAGCGCGCACCGCCGUAGUGCGCUUUUAUUUGCGUCGCACGUGCAUUUUAUUUUCGUUGCAUGUGCACUUCAUUUCCGUCGCACGUGCAUUUCAUCUGCAUCGCACGUGCGUUUUCAGUCGCAUCGCACGUGUUACCAGGCUCUACUUUAGUAAUACCCCUCUCCACCCAGGAGUAGGAAAUGGGUACCUGCAAAGUGUGGGAGUCAAAGGAACUUGACGAAAGGUGUAGGGUUUACAUAUACCCGCGAAAUAUUAGCAUCCGGUCCGCGGUCAAGAGAGAAGAAGUAGUACCCCUGGUGCCGUCAUGUUAUUUACACCAGGAAAUUUUGCUACAAGAUUGACCGGACGGUCAGUGUUGAAAAGAGUAGAUAUGAAAAUGUUACUAGUUAAGUAAUGUGAAUUUUUUAAACUUUCUUUAAGUUAGAUUAAUAUUACGUGUGCAUCAUUUUAAUCAUUAAUCAAUAAUUUUUUAUUGUUGAGAUAAUUAUGCUGUUGUAGCUUGGGUGUUGUGCCGCGAGAUGGCGAAAGUUUUGCUUCACAGAAGUUAAACACUCGCUGCUAGUGAUACGUUCCUACAAGAAUUAACGAAAACAGAAAAUUGCUUCUUUCCAUCGAAGACUACCACAAAGGCAUCAGUACAAGAUGAGGGGUGACCACGGCCAAUGUUCUCUUUCAAAU